AUGGCCAGCGAGUCACCACCGACGGCUCACUCUCCCCAGGACAAGGGUGACGCCGAGAGCCUGGAGAGGGCCAAGGAAGAGCUCAGCCAGGCAAGGAGACAGCUAGAGGAGAAGCAAGGAGCGGCUACUGAGGUUGAAACCCUCAAGAAAGCGCUGGCCGAGGCCGAGGAAAGGGCGGCGAAGGAACAAGUCGCCCGGAAAAAGCAUGAGGCCAGGAUUGGGGAGGUCCAGCAGGAGCUCCAGGAUGCCUUGAAGAAAUUCGAGUCCUUGGAGCGCCAGCAUGCGGACCAAGAGUCCGAACUCGCGAAGCCCCGCCAAAGCGCACAAGAGGCCCGGGCCGAAGCCCAAAGCGCUCUCCAGGAAAUCCAAGAGGCCAAGAAGAUCGCGGCGGCGUUUCUGACGCUGCCGAAUUCUUUCGAGCCGAAGAGGGGAGCUCAAUAG